AUGGACUUUACUACUUUCUCCAAUAUUAUCUCUGGUAGUCCUCGUGGUUCAGAUAUUAUCACAUGUGGUACAGACCCUCUCAAUCAAAUUCCCCUUUGGCCUGCUCCCGUAGCUACACCAAACGACAUUGAAGAUGUCGUGCACGCUGCCAACGAGGCAUUUCCUUCAUGGUCUCAGACGUCUUACAAGCAGCGAACAGAGCUGUUGGAGCGCUUUGCCGGCCUCUACCUUUCUCAUGCCAAUGACUUUUGUCAAUUGCUUGUUAGAGAGUGCGGAAGAUCUGUCGAAAAGGCAGCAAUCGAAGUCUACUUUGCUGCACAAUGGCUGCGAUAUCCAGCGAAAUACAAACUUCCCGAAGAAAACAUUGAGGAUGAUGAGAAAGCAACCAUCGUUACCCACGAGCCCCUUGGAGUGGUCGCCGCUAUCUGCCCUUGGAACUUUCCAUUGAUGCUUGCAAUCGGGAAAAUCGCACCUGCUCUAGCUACGGGAAACUGCGUUAUUCUCAAACCCUCACCUUUCACUCCGUACUCGUCUCUUAAGUUGGUAGAGCUUGCCCAGCAAGUGUUUCCUCCGUCAGUUCUGCAGGUUCUCCAUGGCGACAAUGACUUGGGUCCCCGCCUUGUCAAACACUCUGAUAUUCAGAAAAUCUCAUUUACUGGCUCUACAGCUACAGGAAAGCAGAUUCUCAAAGAUGGAGCUGACACUAUGAAACGUGUCACUCUGGAAACUGCUGGCAACAAUGCUUCCAUUGUCCUCCCCGACGUUGAUCUCAAGGCCAUCAUCCCCCAGAUCGCAGGAGGGCUAUGGUUCAACGCAGGACAAGUCUGUGCCGCCACACGUCGUUUGUACAUCCACCAAGACAUCUUUGACGAGGCGGUGGCUCAGCUCCAAGAGGCCACAGCAGAGGCAGCCAAAGACCUUGUCUCAGGCGUCGGUCCGAUCCAGAAUCAGGCACAGUAUGAGAAGCUCAAACAGGCGCUGGCAGAUGCAAGACAGGCUGGCUGCAUACUCAUCUCAUCGGGUCGGACGGAACCGGAGAAAGGAUUCUUUAUCCAUCCGACCAUCGUCGUGAGCCCGCCACCGGGAGCUGAUAUCGUUCAACAAGAGAAUUUUGGUCCUAUUGUUUCGUGCAUCAAGUUCUCAUCCAUCAACGAAGCCGUAUCCAUGGCCAAUAGCAGCAACAGCGGUCUAGCUGCUAGCGUGUGGAGCAGCGACAUAUCAACCGCAAGACGGGUGGCGUCUUCUCUCGAGGCCGGCAAUGUCUACAUCAACGGGCCGCCUCGCCCUGAUCCUCAUGUGCCGUUUGGGGGUCAUAAGCAGAGUGGACUGGGCGUUGAGUAUGGAUUGCAGGGUUUAUUGUCCUACUGCCAGGCAAAGUCUACGUACCUGUACAAGUAG